CCGCGAUUGGUUAAUUGAUAACGAACGCUGUCGCUCAGUCUAAUGCCUCCCGGGGGAAGGGGAAGAGGAAGAGGAGGGGGAAGGUGGGGUUACUUCUCCCCCAAAUUACAGCUAACUCCUUAUUAUGUUCGCUGUCAAAGUUCGAAUUUUAUCAUCGAGCUUCGCUCCAGUCGUCGCCCUCUUCUUAGUAAGUCUAAUGUGGACGCUUUGCUUGCUCAUUGUACUGUAACUCCCGACCGCUCCGAGGUUUUCCCCACGGAUCUUGUUGCUGCCAAGUUGUAUUUCCUGCAAUGGAGCGAUGCGUUAGAAGCGAUGGUAUUCUUCUGGGAGCGGCGCCUCGACGGUGCUCAUCUUCUAGAUCCUGUCCUCAUAUCCAAUGUCAUCGUCGCUUCUGAUAAGGACGAGCAGAGGGACCGUAUCAAAUCCCUCUUUGUCGCUCGCGUUCACAGUCUUAUGGAAGGGGAGGCCGUCCGGCGUUGUCAGAAUAAGCUGCAGGUUACGUUGGAUAACAUUGCUGGACUCUCCAAAAGACUCCGGAAACAGCAAAAGCUCGCUACCUUCAAUAUGCUUGAUGCGGAAAGGAAAGGCCUUCUUGCAGAGAGAGACCUUAUCUCCAAGAGAAUAAGAGAAUUUAAAUCUGCUAUGCAAUGCAUUCUCGCUCACCUCGAAGGGAAGCGGUCCGGCGAAUGUUGUGAUGAUGGAGUCGAGAUAUUUAAGUUCCAUGGCGAUUUUGACUGGAGUCGUAUUCAUCAUUUGAUGAUACGGGAGCUCCGGAGGUUGGAAGAUGGUUUGCCAGUGUAUGCCUCGCGCCAGGAAAUUCUUCGGGAAAUACAUUCCCAUCAGGUUAUGGUAUUGAUUGGAGAAACUGGUUCUGGAAAGAGUACACAACUGGUUCAAUUUCUUGCUGAUUCAGGAAUAGGUGCUGACAGGUCUAUUAUAUGCACUCAACCACGCAAGAUUGCUGCCAUCUCUUUGGCACAUAGGGUUUGGGAAGAGAGUAAUGGGUGCUAUGCAGAUAAUUCAGUUAUUUGUUAUCCAAAUUACUCUUCCGUGCAGGGGUUUAAUUCUAAGGUAAUAUUUAUGACAGACCACUGUUUGUUACAGCACUACAUGAAUGAUGAGAAUUUGGCUAAGAUUUCAUGCAUCAUUAUAGAUGAGGCUCAUGAAAGAAGUUUAAACACUGACCUCCUAUUGGCCUUGGUUAAAAAGUUACUGGAACGGAGAUUUGAUUUAAGACUUAUUAUAAUGUCUGCAACAGCUGACGCAAGCAAGCUUUCAGAUUACUUCUUUGGUUGCAGAAUGCUUCAUGUGGUUGGGAGAAAAUUUCCUGUUGAGCUCAAGCAUGUUCCAGUUGCCCGUACAGAAACUUCUGCCAUUUUGAAGCCCAAUUCUGGUAAUUAUGCUUCAUAUGUUGCUGAUACUGUGAAGAUGGCUCUGGAGAUCCAUGCUAGAGAGGAGAAAGGGGCAAUACUGGCCUUUUUGACUUCUCAAAUGGAAGUAGAAUGGGCUUGUGAAAAUUUUCAAGCUCCCAAUGCAGUUGCAUUGGCUUUGCAUGGAAAACUUUCUUAUGAAGAGCAAGGCCGUGUUUUCCAGAACCAUGCUGGGAAGAGAAAAGUUAUUUUUGCAACAAAUCUGGCAGAAACAUCAUUGACAAUUCCUGGGGUUAAGUAUGUAAUUGAUUCCGGCAUGAUUAAAGAGAGCAGAUUUGAACCUACAACUGGUAUGAAUGUACUUAGAGUUUGCAGGGUUAGCCGGAGUUCUGCUGAUCAACGAGCUGGCCGGGCUGGUCGAACAGAACCAGGCAAGUGUUACAGGUUAUACUCUGAAAGUGAUUUUGAGUCAUUUUCUUCCCAUCAAGAGCCAGAGAUUCGUAGAGUUCACCUUGGGGUUGCAGUGCUGAGGAUUCUUGCCUUGGGCAUUAAGAAUGUACAAGAAUUUGAUUUUGUUGACGCACCUAGUCCUAAGGCUAUUGACAUGGCCAUUCAGAAUCUUAUUCAGUUGGGUGCUAUCACAUUAAAAAAUGAUGUUUUUGAAUUUACAGACUGUGGUUGGAAAUUGGUAAAGUUGGGUAUUGAACCUCGGCUUGGUAAAAUUAUCCUUGAUUGCAGUUACCAUGGGUUGCAUAAAGAGGGUGUUGUUCUUGCUGCAGUGAUGGCCAACUCCAGUAGCAUAUUCUGCAGAGUUGGUGGUGAUGAAGAUAAAUUAAGAUCGGACUGUCAUAAGGUGCAAUUCUGCCAUCCUGGGGGAGACCUCUUCACACUGCUCUCUGUUUACAAGGAGUGGGAAGAAGUCCCCGAGGAAAAUAGAAAUAAAUGGUGCUGGAACAACAGCAUAAAUGCAAAAUCCAUGCGCAGAUGUAAAGAGACAGUUCAGGAGUUAGAAAAUUGCCUUCAAAAUGAAUUAUACAUUAUUAUCCCAAGUUACUGGCUUUGGAACCCCCAUGUGCCCACUCAGCAUGAUAAAAAACUGAAGAUGGUUAUACUCUCAGCCCUUGCUGAUAAUGUGGCCAUGUAUUCUGGAUACGAUCGACUUGGUUAUGAAGUGGCUUUAACUGGACGGCAUGUCCCACUACAUCCUUCCUGUUCAUUGCUUGUAUAUGGUCAGAAGCCCAGUUGGGUUGUCUUUGGUGAAAUCCUGUCAGUAUCGAAUCGAUAUUUGGUCUGUGUAACUGCACUUGAUGAUGAAUGCAUUUCUAUGUCUUCUAGUCUGUUUGAUAUUUCACAGAUGAAGAGCCGUAAGCUGCAGAUGAGGUUGAUGACCGGAUUUGGCAGCAUUUUGUUAAGAAGGUUCUGUGGGAAAUUAAACACUAAUGUGCUUCGUCUUGUCUCUCGUAUUCAAACAUACUGCAAGGAUGAGCGGAUUGGCAUUGAAGUCAAUGUUGAUAAGAGAGAGAUUCGACUAUUUGCCACUUUAGGGGACAUGGAAAUUGCCACUGGCCUUGUUAAUGAUGCCUUGGAGUUAGAAAAAAAAUGGUUAAGAGAUGAGUGUAUGGAAAAAUGCUUGUACCGUGGUGGAUCCGGUAUUUCUCCCUCUUUUGCACUAUUUGGAUGUGGUGCUAUGAUUAGGCAUCUGGAACUGGAAAAGCGAUGUUUAACUGUGGACGUAUAUCAUUCAGAUGCAAGUGCAAUUAAUGAUAAGGAACUUCUUAUGUUUCUUGAGGAUCAUGUAUCUGGAAUUUCUGGUUAUCAUAAAUAUGCAGGUAUUGGACAAGAAGGUGAGGGCACAGAAAAAUGGGGCAGAAUAACAUUUCUAACUCCUGAAGAUGCUGAAAAAGCUGUUGCAGAGCUUAGUGGUGUUGAAUACUGUGGAUCAUUGCUGAAGAUAUCUCCUUCGAGGACAAGCUUUGCUGUUGAUCACAGAAUGUUUUCAUUUCCGGCUGUACGAGCAAAAAUUUUUUGGCCACGAAGGUAUAGCAGGGGUUUUGCAGUUGUUAGGUGUGCAAAGCAGGAUGUUGAUUUUAUUGUUGAUGAUUGCUCUGACUUGCUUAUUGGAGGAAGAUAUGUCCAUUGUGAAAUUAGCAACAAAUACAUGGAUUGUGUUGUUAUAUCUGGACUUGAUAAAGAGGUUUCUGAAUCAGAAAUUUUCGAUGUUCUGAGAACUGCAACACAUGGGAGAAUUCUGGAUGUUUUUUUGUUGAGAGGCGAUGCUGUGGAAAGCUUGUCAUAUACUGCUUGUGAAGAGGCACUUCUCAGAGAGAUUGCUCCAUUCAUGCCUAGCAAUAUCCCCCUUAGUAGUUCUUGCCAGGUCCAAGUAUUCCCUCCUGAGCCAAAAGAUUGUUUAAUGAAGGCUGUCAUAACUUUUGAUGGAAGAUUACAUUUGGAGGCAGCAAAGGCUUUGCAGCACAUCCAAGGGAAAGCACUCAAUGGUUGUUUUUCAUGGCAGAAGAUACAGUCCCAGCAGAUGUUUCACAGUUCUGUCUCCUGCCCUGCUACUGUUUAUUUUGUUAUCAAGAGACAGCUGGAUUCUUUAUUGAGCAGUUUCAAGCAUCGAAAAGGUGCGACCUGUAAUCUGGAAAAGAAUGAAAACGGCUCCUAUAGGGUGAAAAUAUCUGCCAAUGCUACAAAGACUGUGGCUGAGUUGAGGAAGCCUCUGGAGCAGCUGAUGAAAGGGAAGACCAUAAAUGAUGCUACCCUCUCUCCAAGUAUAUUGCAGCUUCUUUUAUCCCGUGAUGGGAUCAUGCUCAUCAAGUCACUGCAGCGAGAAACAGAGACACACAUUCUGUAUGAUAGGCAGAACAUGAAUGUCAAAAUAUUUGGUUCAGAGGACAAAAUUGCUGUUGCUGAGCAGAGAUUGGUGCAAUCCCUUUUGACUCUGCAUGAAAACAAACAACUUGAAAUCCACCUCCGAAGUGGAGACCUGCCACAUGAUCUGAUGAAAGAAGUGGUUAGGAAAUUUGGGCCAGACCUGCAUGGACUCAAGGAGAAGGUGCCGGGGGUUGAGCUGACACUGAACACUCGUCGUCAUGUCAUCUCUGUCAAGGGAAAGAAAGAUUUGAAGCAGAAAGUUGAAGAGAUAAUUUACGAGACUGCCCUACCUCUUAGAAGUGGUGGGCUGGGUCAGCAGCUCAGUGGAGAGGACACCUGUUCCAUUUGCUUGUGUGAGGUGGAAGAUUGCUUCCAGCUGGAAGCCUGUGCACAUAGGUUCUGCAGGUUGUGCUUGGUGGAUCAGUGUGAAUCGGCCAUCAAAAGCCAUGAUGGGUUCCCACUACUCUGUACUUACGAGGGGUGUAAAGCCCCUAUCUUGAUUGCAGACUUGAGGCAUCUUCUGUCAAGUGAGAAGCUGGAAGAGCUAUUCAGAGCUUCAUUAGGAGCGUUUGUGGCGUCAAGUGGUGGAACUUACAGGUUUUGUCCAUCUCCCGACUGUCCUGCAGUAUAUAAAGUUGCGGAACCUGGGACUUCUGGUGGGUUAUUUUCCUGUGGAGCAUGCCAUGUAGAAACAUGCACCAGAUGUCACUUGGAAUACCAUCCCUAUGUUUCAUGCGAGAUGUACAAGAUGUUCAAAGAGGAUCCAGAUUUGUCACUGAAGGAGUGGGCCAAGGGGAAGGAGCAGGUAAAGCAGUGCCCCAUCUGCGGGUACACGAUAGAGAAGGUGGAUGGGUGCAACCACAUUGCAUGCAGGUGUGGGGUUCACAUCUGCUGGGUCUGUUUGGAGAGCUUCAACAGCAGCGAUGACUGUUAUGGACACUUGAGGUCUGUACACCUGGCUAUAUUUGAUGUCUUAGAUAUGUAAAUAUAUUUUUAGUCUGUGUAUAAACCACAUAUCGACUACAUCUAGUUAAAUGUAUAUCAGUUGAUAGUAUACAUGCAUACUGGCAAUUUCCUCAA